AUUACACAUCUCCCAUCUGCCAAAAACCAACCAAUUAAGCUUCUAACAUGGAACAACAAAAGCCCCACGUAGCCAUUCUUCCCUCUCCGGGUAUGGGUCACCUCAUCCCUCUCGCAGAGUUCGCCAAGCGACUCUUUCUCUGCCAUGGCUUCCACGUUACUUUCAUCGUUCCAACCCUCGGCCCUUUGUCGGCCUCCCAAAAGGCCUUCCUCGAUGCCCUUCCUGCCGGCAUAACCCACCUUCUUCUUCCUCCAGUCAGCCUCGACGACUUGCCGGCAAACGCCAAGAUCGAGACGCAGAUAUCUCUCACGGUGGCACGCUCGCUGCCGUCUCUCUACAAAGUGUUCAAGUCUCUGGUUGACAGUUCCGAGGUCGCUGCUUUGGUGGUGGAUCUCUUCGCAACUGAUGCCUUUGAUGUGGCCGUGGAAUUCAAGGUUUCUCCCUACGUCUUCUUCCCAUCCACGGCCAUGUGUUUAUCUCUGUGUUUUCACUUGCCAAAGCUCGAUCAAGCGGUUACUUGCGAGUACAGAGACCUACCGGAGCCCGUUCGGAUCCCGGGUUGUAUACCGGUUCACGGGAGGGAUCUCUUUGACCCCGUUCACGACAGAAAGAACGAUGCCUACAAGUGGAUUCUCCAUCACUCAACACGCUUCCGUUUGGCGGAGGGGAUAAUAGUGAACAGCUUCGAGGACCUGGAACCUGGAUCCCUGAGAGUUCUGCAAGACCAAGGAACGGGUAACCCACCCAUUUACCCGGUGGGGCCGCUGGUUCAAAUGGCUGGCGGCGGCGGGGUUGAUGGGUCCGGUUGUUUGAGGUGGCUGGAUGAUCAGCCAAACGGGUCAGUCUUGUUCAUAUCAUUUGGCAGCGGUGGGACCCUCUCCUAUGAUCAACUAAUCGAGCUUGCAUUUGGUUUGGAAAUGAGUGAACAGAGAUUCAUGUGGGUUGUUCGAAGCCCAAACGAUGAAGUUGCCAACGCCAAUUACUUCACUGUUCACAGCACAAAAGACCCUUUCGCUUUCCUGCCAAAAGGUUUUCUAGAAAGGACCAAAGGCUUGGGUCUGGUAGUGCCGUCCUGGGCGCCGCAGGCCCAAAUUCUCCGUCACCGGUCGGCCGGUGGAUUCCUCAGCCACUGCGGCUGGAACUCGGUGCUGGAGAGCAUCAUCAACGGCGUUCCGUUGAUCGCUUGGCCGCUCUACGCGGAGCAAAAGAUGAACGCCGUGAUGUUAACAGAGGACAUAAAAGUGGCGCUGCGGCCAAAAGCAGGGGAAAAUGAGCUUGUUGGAAGGGCCGAGAUUGCGAGAGUUGUAAAGAGUUUAAUUGAGGGAGAGCAAGGGAAGGAGCUACGCAGCCGUAUGAGAGACCUUAAGGACGCCUCCGGGAAGGUGCUGGCCGACGGCGGCCCUUCGGCGAGGUCCCUCGCCGAGUUGGCCGAGAUGUGGAAGAAGAAGAAGAAGGCGGCUCGUAGUUAGGUUGGGGACCAAUAGAAUAAUAUCCACCGAAUAAUGCUAGACGGACGAACGCAGCAAUAAAUGGGUUGACAAAUCCUUCUAAAUUAUAAGUUAACCCUACAGCCAAAAUUACAAGUUAACUCUUUGCUCUUUCUCUCUUUUACUUUCAGAUCCAAUUCUCUUUUACUUUCACUCCCUCUCUCUGUCAAAACUACUCACUCUCAAAUUCACUCUAUCUCUCCCUCAUUCUCUCUCUCCAACCCGCAAGUGUCUCCCCCCUCUCUCAAACCCAAUCUAUCUCUCUCAUAUUCUGUCUCUCAAACCCCUGGCUUGCAGUGUCCCCCCCCCCCCCCCCCCCCCCACCCAUCACAUCGCUUUCACACCACCAUCGCCCAAGAAUGGCCUAUCUGUCGUCGCUCGUCGUUGACCCCCCCACGUCACUCAGACCGCCACUGUCAGGUUCCAUCGCGGCUAUAAAAGACAACGUUUAUAUAUAUAUAAAUAUUUUAAUUUUUUACAUAUA